AUGACUCGUACUCCGUAUGCUGAUUUCUUGCAGAUGAUAAAAGUAACUCCAGGCACGUGGUACUGGAAAGAUGAUACUAACACACUUGAAUUUGCAAACUCCAAUCCAGCAGCUGAGAAAAACCUAAAGGAAGUUAAAAAUAUUCUCUUGCAGGAAAUGCGUGUCAGGACGUUAAAGAGCAUCUUCCAAGAUGAUUGCAAUGCAAUCAGGCUGGCUGACACAGAAGGAAAAUUGCAUAGUCUGUCAAAGUGGGUACAUCAUAAAGAUGUGAUGUUGGAUGAAGUCAAAUGUGCUGCUUUCCUUUUGAAAGAAGCAAAUGAGUCACAUCACACGCUAUCAUUUGCAGUGGUUAUGAGGAAUGAGAAACUAGAUAAAUUCCUCAUGGCCCUGCUCUGCUGUCUAUCAUUUGACCCGGAAAAAAUUGCCCUCGAAAAGAAAUGCAGAUCCUUGGUCUUGAAGAUCUUGCAACUAACUUCAAAAACAACCAAACAGUUUUCCAAAGCAGAGGUCAUGAGGCAUUUCCCCACCAGAGACAGCUUGGGAGUAUUCACCUCGGAAAUAUGUUGGUUGAUGUGCCUGGCAAAGGCAGUGGUGUCCAGGAUUCACCCUGCCAAGGUGUACUGUAGACUUAUCCUCCAAGGAGGUCUGGCACAACAGCAUCAUGUGCUUGGUGGAAAGCUUCUUUGCUCCAACAUGUUGAGUCCUGCCUUUAGAGACAGGAACAAUGUUGACUUGCAGAAAGCAGGAGUCCAGACUGCUGCUGCAAAGACAAUGUGAUUGCUGUGUCUGAAAAAACUCCAUGUCAAGCACCCUUCCAUGAACAACAUGGUUCACCAGCACUCACCAGUGCUCGGCAGGCUGCUGCCCUGACCAAAAGACAGUGCUCAAUACCUCCCCAGAGCCACACUGUUGGGGCAGAGACCCUCAUCCUCGCAGUUUUCUAACAGGGUGGGCAUCCCUGGAGCUCAUUCUAGUGAGUUAAAAUCUUCUACGAACAUGCCUGAUGGGAUGAGGGAGGAGGAGGAAGAAGAACAAGACAAGCAAGAAGGUGGUUUCUUCAUCCAGACAAAUGACCUUGGUUUGCCAUCUCUGAGAAGCCCCCAAAACAUGCUUAGCAGUCAGAGCACUGUGCUCUCACGAGCAGUGGCAGAAGGUGGCUGUAAUCAGAGCACCUAG